UAUUCUUUGUACAUACUGAAUAAAAUAUGAGAUGGUGCACCAGUCGUAUCCUUCACUCCUGCUAUUUGUAAUACAUUAGCAGUCAUUAAACUGAUCUUGCCAGGUUUUUUUUUGUAGGUAUUGAGCUUUGGCUGUUGUUUUUUUUUCUUGCUGUACCACAACACCUCAUUUUCUGGUGUGCGUUAUCUCUUCGUCAUACAGGCUGCAUCUGUCCGACACUCUCAACUGCUUUGCAAAGCAGAGAAUUUCCGGUGAGGAGCGGGAAGUUGGCCGGUCAGCAUCCACCAGAAACGCAGAGGAGCAAAGUGACUUCUGCAGGAGAGCGCAGGGAACAUAAAAGUAAUUUGGUCAAAGGCGUCACUAUAAAUUUGUUGUCGUUCAUGGAAUCCUCAAGGUGUGAGCUGCAGCCGAGACCCAGCCGUAUCCCGGUGCGCCGCGCGGGGUCCUUUACGGGCCACGGCCUCACCCGCGCUCUUAGUGCUGAGGAGCCCAUGUCUGCGAGGGGGUGGAAGCUUACGAAGCCACACAUCAAAAAACAUCUGUCACUCACAGGAAAGGAGACGUCCACAAUGAAUAUCACCUCAAGGACCAUGCUGAAGAAGGCGGACCAAGGUUCCCUCUCCACCGCCGAGUCAAGCCACGAAGGCACAGUAACAUCAAAGCAGGAGUCUCCCGCUGCAGUUAGUCGAUCUGAGCCAGAUUCUGCCUUCAGGAAAGUUCCUCUCUGCACUGAGGCUUGACUUCAAACAUUCCUCAGACUUUAAUGACACUUGGAUAUUCAAGAAUUAUGUGGCCUUAGUAAAGUUUAAGGUCUUCGCGCGGUGAAAUAUCGAAAGUGGAAAUGUUUUGGAUUUUCACCAAUCUAGUUAUAAUGGCAUUCCAUUUACACUUGUGCCUCAUGUUAUGAACGUCUCACGAGUUUUUAAAGUUGGAAAAAUCCCACUUAUGAGUUUUUAAAUUUAGAAACAUUUCCAGGUUUAUGUAUUUAUUGUCCAUUAUAUUUCUGCCACUGGUAUAGCUGCUGAAGUUUCUUUGUUGCAGAACUCAAAAUGACCUGCAGUUCUGCCUGCCGCCGUUAGGGGGCAGUACGACGCACUCAGAGUACAAACUGAAGCUGUGGAGCAGGGGCCACAGGGAACUGGCAUCUCCUAUAACCAAUUCAUCAGCCUCUUUUCUAACUUAUUCUUGCUAUAUAUAGAAACUUCCCGGUGAAUAAACAGAGGUAUGUUUCUACUGCGACACUAUUUUGACUGCAAACUUCAUAAAUUAAGAGGCUGACAAACAUGUUUGUGAUCAUUCAGUCUCUUCCUCCUGGCCAGUUUUAUUAAAGUUUACCAUGAGGCACAUGGUAUUUAAGGUAAGACUUUAUAUUCCCCUCAUGAAAUCCUCCAUCACACUAUCUUACUGUCCUUUCUGUAUGCCGUGGUACCCGAUGAAGGAACGAGGCACCAUGUUGCAUGUCUAAUGCAGAAUGCUGUACUGAAUAUGAGGCUUCUGAGAUUUUCUCAUUCAUUUCCAAUUAAUGUUCAUUCAUGUUAAUAAAAGGUAGUGAAAUAAACUGGGCUGCUUUCCACAGUGUAUCCUGUCUUACACCUGAUGUUCGUAGUAUUGUACAGAGUGACAGAGACUGCACUGCAUGAGCUGUUGAUGAAAAUAGUCUUAAAACAAGUGUUCAGUUCAUUUUAGCUUUAUGUGAUUGUUUUAACAGAAUUUAGUCCAUGCAUAAUUGGGGGGAUUAAGAUGAUUUACAGACAGACUUCUGGUUCCACUUGCAUUUGUAAAUUGAGGUACCAGUGUUUUUUUGUUAUUUGUGUUCUUGUUAAAUGAAUAUGUAUUACUGUAUUAACUGCUGCUAUGCAAGAACUUUCUAAAACAGUAUGUUGUGAUGUGGAAUUUUGGAUGUUAAAAACUUAAAUUAUAUAUAUAUGCAGAUUUAAUUAGGAGUAGGAAAUGGUGCACCUUGAGUUUUAUGUAAGCAAUACUUUACAAAGUAUUGUCAAAAUCUUGUACAUUACAAGUUAUGCAUUUUCUUUGACAAAUUGUGCUGUAACAGCAAUAAAUAUGCAAAUAUGUUGACAUUGUAAAGCAGUCCUUUUGACAAGAUACCUUCCACAGUUCAAUAUCAUGGAAUGAAUAAAUUGUGUGAAAAUGUCCUGUUUAAUUCAAUGUCCCCCAACAUCAACAUUAUAGAAGCUCUGUGUAGAGUUCUCAGACAUGUGACACAAGCAAGAAUACUGUUCAGAUAGUUCUGUAAGGAAGAGGGAAUUACUACACUAUAUAAGACUGCUAUACAGAAGACAUUAAAGCCAUGGUGUUCCUCAGCAUAAUCCUGACUGACAGGGUGCUCCAAAUGUUGCUUCUGCCAUGUUUACUGCUUUAUUUUUCCAAUAGAUAACAUGACAGAUUGAUAACUGUACAUUAACUGCUAUUCAUUUAGAUUCAGUGGAACAUGCAAUCUGGUCCAACAUG